GCCUGGGGGCAGUCAGGCCCCAGGCACAGCCUGGGGAGUGCAAUACCUCAAGCUCUCUGGGGUACACAAAGCACAGGUGCCACUGGCUGGGGGAGCAGCUUCAUCCACUAGCAGGCGGCGUUUGUGGCAGCAGGUGUGGACAGGUCCCACCCGACUCCACCCUGGAAAGCCCUUUUGAAGAAAUGGCCCUGGUGAGGGGCGGCUGGCUGUGGAGACAGAGCUCCAUCCUCCGCCGCUGGAAGAGGAAUUGGUUUGCUCUGUGGUUGGAUGGCACGCUGGGUUACUACCACGAUGAGACGGCCCAGGACGAGGAGGACCGUGUGCUUAUCCACUUCAAUGUUCGAGACAUAAAGGUUGGCCAAGAGUGUCACGAUGUGCAGCCCCCAGAGGGCAGGAGCCGAGACGGCCUGCUGACAGUGAACCUACGGGAGGGUUCCCGCCUGCAUCUGUGUGCAGAGACCCGGGAUGAUGCUAUAGCAUGGAAGACAGCACUGAUGGAGGCAAAUUCUACCCCGGCCCCAGCUGGAGCCACCGUCCCACCCAGGAGUCGUCGGGUUUGCCCUAAGGUCAGGUGUACGACCCUCUCCUGGAAGCCCUGUAAGGUUGAGAGGCGGAUCUGGGUACGCGUCUACAGCCCGUAUCAGGACUACUAUGAAGUGGUGCCCCCCAACGCGCACGAGGCCACAUAUGUCCGCAGCUACUAUGGGCCGCCUUAUGCAGGCCCUGGUGUGACACACGUGAUAGUGAGAGAGGACCCCUGCUACAGCGCAGGCGCCCCGUUGGCUAUGGGCAUGCUUGCUGGGGCUGCCACAGGUGCUGCUCUAGGCUCACUCAUGUGGUCACCUUGCUGGUUCUGAGCCCUGGGGCUCUGACCUCUGGAUGUGCACGUAGAACGCAAGACUCUUUUCUUCCUGGUCUACCUUCUGCUACCUACCCAUUUAAACCCUGCCUCGUUUUGACCCUUUCCUCUCCAUUAAGCUCUCUACGCCUAGCCCAUCCCUCCCACCACUUAGCCUCCUUCCCUCUCAGAGGAAGCUAACAUUUCAGGCAGACUUGGCUAAAAUCCUCCCACCUAUUGCCAGGCACCCCCAUAAAUCAUGUACAGAUGUAUUUCUUCUAGAUACAGCAAACAUGACUUCAUUUGGUUCCAAGUAUCUGAGGGAUGGCGACCACAAGUAAAAAGCAAAGUUACAGUUAUCAGUCUGAGAAGGAUACGUGGGGGCAAAAAACAAGGCAGGCAGUCUGGGUGCUGUUGGCAGCAAGAAUGAGCAGAGAACAUUCUUACACGUCCAAAGAAUCAAAGAAUACAGUUGGUUUGGUGUUCAGGCAGGCUUUGGACUAUGGUGUCCUCUAGGCUAUGGAGCUUGCUGGAUAAAGAUGAUGGGCGCUUUUUAUGGAGGGAAGCUUUGUGAUUUCAACUAUAAUGAGUAUGUUGUCUGUUUUGCCAGUACCAGCACAUAUCCUUACUCCAUACAUGGAAGACUGGCACCUUCUUCCCACUACUAGCUUCUCUGAUAGUUGAGUUAACCAAUCCCUGGGUUUCCUUGCUGUGGAUCAGGUGAGCUCCUUGGGACUCCAGCCUUAGGAAGCUGCUUCCAUUAGGAAAUGCCUUUCUGAUCCCAGGAGCUCAGCUUUAUUGCAGUGACUGUUAUCAUCUGAGGCUUUUUCUCUUCCUUUGCUAUGGGCCUAACCCACCUUGGCUCCAGCCUGGGGAACCGCUCAUGUGCCUGCCUGUAGGUGGCAAGCAAUUUCUCCAUUAGAUCCUGUUCCAGACUCUUCCAUUACCCCGUCCCAGCUGCCAAUAGAAAAGCUAACGUCUCUGGUCCAGUGGCUAGAGUGCCCACUAAAGUUCCCUGUAGAUGAGGGAGGGCUCCAUUGGCUCAGCUGCAGACACUAAUAAAGACAUGACUGACUCCAAAA